CUAGCGGCGAUGAAAAACACUCGAGACGCAUUGCUCGCUUGAGAGGCGCUGGGACAGAUCGACCAGCUCUAUAGAAGCAUUCGAAGGUACCAAGCGCGGUGCAAGUGCUGCGACGCAGGGCAACACCCCUAACCAAGGCUGCACCAGGGCGGCUGCAGCAGCGUGCGGCGCAAAAACAGCAGCGCAAAAACGGCACGGAUGGCGGCCGUCAUCGAAAAAGAACCAGAAAUAGUCGACGAGUCCGACGGCGACGAAGAAGUCCCGGAAGAUGCGUAUGAUGUGCUGGAAAGCGCCUUGUGCGGCGAGUAUGGGAGCGACGGCCACAAUGUCAAUAUGAGCCAGAGCGUCAAGAACGACGUCAAGAACGCGCAGCGCGCCGCCCACAAAGCUGCCAAUAUUGGCCUGUGCCAAGACACACGAGCGACGACGGAACAGGUCCUGGACCCGAGGACGCGGCUCAUCCUGUUCAAGCUGCUGCAACGGAACGCCUUCGCCAAACUGGAGGGCUGCCUCUCGACGGGCAAGGAAGCGAAUGUUUAUUAUGCCUUGUCCGGUGAUGGACUACGGGACAUCGAGGCCACAAAAGACAUUCCCACAAAUGCACCUUUGGCCGUCAAGGUCUACAAGACGUCCAUCUUAGUUUUCCGAGAUCGACGAAGAUAUGUGGACGGCGAGCACCGCUUCGAGAAGGGCUACACGUCCGGCAAGAACCCGCGCAAGAUGGUGCAAUUGUGGGCGGAGAAGGAGCUGCGCAACUACAAGCGGCUCCACGCGCACGGCGUCCGAGCGCCGAGGCCCCUGCUGCUGAAGGGCCACGUUUUAGUGAUGGAGUUCGUUGGUAGUCAAGGGUGGCCCGCGCCGCGACUCCACGACGCCUCCCUUUCUCCAGACGAGAUGGAGGAUGCCUACGUCCAGACCUGUGUCGCGUUGAGAGCCAUGUUCUCUAGAUGCAAAUUAGUCCAUGGCGACUUCUCCGAAUAUAAUUUAUUAUGGUUCGAGAAUGAAAUUGUAGUGAUCGACGUCAGUCAGUCCGUGGAAUGGGACCAUCCGCGAGCUACGGAAUUUCUGAGAAAAGAUUGUGCCAAUGUCCGAGACUUCUUCUCCCGCAAAUGCGAGCGAGUUUUAUCUGUCAAGGCGUUGUACGACUUCGUCAUGCGAGACGGUGUUGCUGAUGAUGAGGGCAUCCGAAGCGCGCUGGACAUCGCGCGAAACAGUGACAGUGUCACAGACCAAGAGGAUCGGGUCUUCAUGGACGCCUUUUUACCUCGUUCAUUACAAGAUCUGGGCAGCUGGCCGGAGGCGGCCCAACGAGCUGUAGCUUCGGGAGACAACGAGACGGGUUUUGACGAAGCCGUGGGUGAUUUGUUAGGUGCGAAUGUUUGUUCAGAUGACGACGCGUCGGCGGCGACGCGUUCUGAGAGUGAUGAGGACGACGGCGUGCAUGGUAGGUUGCCGGACCCAAGUGACGUCGCGGGUCGCGCGAGUGCCAAGGAGGCGAAACGGGCCGCCGCCAAGCUCCAGAAGGAGGAGCGCCGCGAGAAGCGGAAAACAAAGCUGAAGAAGCACCUCAAGAAGAAGGCUACGAAGCGGGGGAGGUAACACAUACUAACAUUU